UUUAAUCAGCAAAAUCCAUAGGGCAGCCAAUCCAGUCGGACGACAUUUGGUAAACACCCGGGAUUCCGGGGACGUUUGUAGCUCUCUUGAAGAACGAACAGUGGUAAAAUGCCACAGAAAGAUCCAUGUCAGAAGCAAGCAUGCGCAAUUCAGAAGUGUUUACAAGCAAACAAGUACAUAGAGAGCAGGUGCGAGGAUGUAAUAAGAGCUAUGCGUAUGUGCUGUGAGCACGCAGGCGAGAACUCCAUCUGCUGCUCAGGGUUCGCUAGGGAACAGAAGUCUACAGAGCCUAAAAUUCCUGGUGCACCCUGACCUGAUUGUGGACACUGGACAACGGUCUUAUUUGUAAAUUGUACAUGAUGACAAUGCUUCAAAUGUAAUAAAGUUGUUUAUAAUGACAGUAAAUGAUCCUACGGAGAUAGUGUCCAGUGUUCAAGUACUGUAGCCAGGGGUACAACUUUCACGGGGGGCCAUGACCCCCCUCACAUUCUGAAAUUGCAUUUUUGUCCCGCUCAGUUUUAUCAUUGCACUGUGAUACAAACCGCUGCGCGGGUGUGCUUUAGGACCAUGCAGAUGCCUUAGAGCGGUCAGGCGUAUAGGACCAGCACUGGAGAGCUGAACAGAGGCAGCUACUCUUUAGUUGACUGAUUUAGCUGGCAAUGUAACUGCUGUUUGACAGAAAAAAUCUAUAUUCAUAAACUGGAUGGUUCGAGCCCCGAAUGCUGAUUGGCUGGCAGGGGUUAAGCAAUAAGGCACCUUGGGGGUUUGUGGUAUAUGGACAAUAUAUAUGGACAAGCAAUGAGGCACAAGGAGGUGUGGUAUAUGGCCAAUACGCACGAUGCAAAGCAGAGUGCCUGGAUACAGCCUUUAGCUGUGGUAUAUUGGCCAUUUACCACAAACCCCCGAAGUGCCUUAUUGCUAUUAUAAACUGGUUACCAACUCAAUUAGAACAGUACAAAUAAAUGUUGCCAUACCCGUGGUAUACGGUCUGUUAUAAACUGGGUGUUUCGAGCCCUGAAUGCUGAUUGGCUGACAGCCGUGGUAUAUCAGACAGUAUACCACGGGUAUGACAAAACAUUUUUUUACUGCUCCAAUUACGUUGCUAACCAGUUUAUAAUAGCAAUAAGUCUAUUAUAAACUGUCAUGCCUAAGAACAGCCCUUAGCCGUGGUAUAUGGACAACAACAUUUGAUGAUGUACCAUUAGCUAGCAGAACUAGCCGAAAGAACUAACGUUAGCUAGCUAGCUCAUUAAUUUUAGCGAUUAUUUUUGCCUCAAUCACACGACCUGAAUCAAACAAUGAAACCAGCGGCCAAAUGAAUGAAGACUGAUAUUCGGACGUUUUUUUUUUCAGCUCAAUGUGAGUUAUCAGUCAGUAUACCACUGUAAGGUUAUUGAUCUGUCAGUUUUCCUAGCUAAUUCCCUACUUUUCACACUGACACGGUGUAAAUAGCUUUAGAGGCUUCACUGUCAUGGUGCAGUCAGUACACAACUCAUCAUAUCUUAGCAGGAUCAGAUGUCCCUACAGGGUCAGACAGCCAGGGAAGAUCAAUCUACGGAGUUUAGGGGAAUUUUGCAGUAUAUUAUAACAAUCAAUGAAUGGAUACAACGUUUUUGAGUUGAUAGGUAGGCUACAGUCUGGGAUCUGUGAAUAAUGGUAAUUUAAAUUGUUGAACCAUUGAUUCUAUUAAUGUAUAAUAUAUAAAUGUUCACCAAUGCAAUUCUUUGUCAUGCCUCAUCUGAGCAGGAUCAGAUAGUGAUAGGGGUCUCAUCAGGGUCAGGCAGGCAGGGAAGACCAGUCUGUGAUAGAGUGGAGGUGAAUUUUUGCAGAUACACUAUUUUCUCUGUGCCGCAAACACUGUAAAGCAAGAAGCUUCAAAGAUUGAAACUAUUUUAAGUACGUCUGACAAACCAAUAAAGCUGAUUUCCAAACUGUA